AUGGUCAUGACCACUUUGGAUGUAGGUCCUCAUGAAAUGAUACGCGAUAUGUCCGAAGAAAUGAAACAGAUUAGCAAUUCAUUCCUAAUGCACCGGCACAGGCGGCUUGAGGUUGCCCAUCGGGAACGUCCUGCGGAGAGCGUCAGGAAUCGGGAUGCAAGGUUCGUGCUGCAGAUCAUGCGCUUAACGUGCACUUAUUUCGACGACGAGAAUUCCGAGUCGGACUUUGCUCUCUGCCUGCUGCUGUACUUCGAUUUUAAACUGUUCCAGUAUGACCUCAAAGAUACUCUGACCUAUUUUGUUAUGAAUUUCAUACGACACAAGGAGAAGGAUCCAUUAAAAGGACUUAAGCUUAAAAGAUUUCAAUAUGCAAUGACUGUUUUGGGUCUUCUGCGGGAAUUUGAAAACGUAAAAAUUCUGGGACUCAAACAUUUGGUGGACUGGAACCUGGAGGUCGAAUUGCCCAACACCUUCAUCGGUAUUAUUGAGGAGGGGAAUGCAGUCUUCAGAACAGCUUGGGAGUCCAACAGACGCAUCUCAUUUUUGGACGUACUUGCCGAGCUGCUCUUUUACGAAAAGUCCAAAACAAGCUAUACCGGACAGAGGAAUUUUGAUGGCAUCAUAUACACCUACAAUAUUCAACCAAAUUCGGUAGCUAAAUCUGCUUCUCGGCUUUUGCUGAAAUUUAUAGUGGAUGGUCCACCGUUAUUAAUUUAUUUUAUGAACAAUUUCCUCACCCGAAACGAAGAUCCUAACACACCGUAUCACUUGCUCCCAAAGACGCACCUUACCAUUCGAAUUGAGGGAAAGGCUUUUCCAGGAACCCAGUUUGUCUAUUUCAAAGAUCUGAACAUUGACGUACUGAGGAGUGAUCUAUCGACUAGAUAA